ACCGCUAGCUGACAAAAGAACUUCACUUUUAGCUUCGUACCAUUCCGUCGAACCAUCUCUUUCUUGUCUUCAAUCUCUUCCCCCACUAUUUUUAUUCAUUUCAUCUCCCAGCAGUUCAUAUUUCCUCUGUUUGGUAUAAAAACCCAACAAGCAUCUCCCAACAGUUCAUAUUUCCUCUGUUUAGUAUAAAAACCCAACAAACAUCUUGCCAGUUUGGUAUUUGAGAGAGAAAGAGAGCACCCCACCUCUUUUGCAAGAUUGAAAAUGGACUCUCAGGUCGUGGCUGCGCUUGGCUUGUCUCUUGUGGGUGGAUUGAGUACUUCAAUAGGUGCACUCUUUGUAAUUCUUAAUCAAGCUCCCAAUUUGAAGAUGCUUGGACUUUUACAGGGUUUUGCUGCAGGUCUUAUGCUGAGCAUAUCAUUUCUAGAUUUAGCUCAUAAUGCCAUAAACUCAAUUGGCUUUUUAAAAGGCAACCUUUGGUUUUUUGCCGGUGUUAUAUUCUUUGCUGUUGUUGCCAAUUUCAUCCCAGAACCAUCACUUGCUUCAGCUUCUGAUCUGAAAAGUAACAAGAAAAAUGGGGAUGACGGGGGCAAGGAUAUUAUGAAAAAGCACCGCCGCCAAGUUCUAUUUAGUGGAAUCAUUACUGCUAUUGGCAUAAGCUUGCACAAUUUUCCAGAGGGAAUGGCUGUGUUUCUUGGAUCAAUGAAGGGUCUUCAUGUUGGUCUUAAUUUGGCAUUGGCCAUUGCUCUGCACAAUAUCCCUGAGGGUGUUGCUGUUGCUCUUCCUGUUUACUUUGCAACACAGAGCAAGUGGCAGGCAUUCAAAUUGGCAACACUUUCAGGUUUUGCUGAGCCUCUUGCGGUUGUUAUUGUAGCCUACCUAUUCCCAAGCAGCUUGAGUCCUGAAAUUCUUGAGGGCUUGCUAGGAUCAGUUGGUGGAGUAAUGGCUUUUCUAACCUUGCAUGAAAUGCUGCCAUUGGCGUUUGAUUAUGCUGGCCAGAAGCAAGCUGUCAAAGCUGUGUUCUUUGGGAUGGCAUUCAUGUCUGCAAGCUUAUAUUUUCUUGAAAUCAGCCUACCGAAAGAUACGAGCUUGUAGUUGUUGCAUAUGAUGUUGUACAUUCCAGAGCCUCCAUGAAAUAUGUCCAAUAGGAAGUGUGAGAGUUCAUUUUGCUGAAAACCCUGACAAUCCAUUUGAUGAAAGCAUAGGAAGUUUUGCAACUGCAAAUUUUAUACAGGUAUUUGGUUUGCCCAAAACUUCGUUUCUCAGAAAUAAAUCUGGUUGUGCAGCAUAUUGUUUUGGACGGAUUGAACUUUAUAUCUAAAUGUACACAUUUCACAUGUUCAACAUGGCAUUCUUUAAGAGCCCCUUUUUUUCUUUUGCUCAGGACAUCUUUUUAACUUUGUUCUUUUGAUCUUUUUGAGAAAGAUCCUACUACAUAAUCCUCUUAAUGUAUUUCGAUCAAGAAAUUAACUUUAGCCACAUUUAU